AUGACCUGGACUGACGCCCAGAGUUACUGCAGAGCACAGUACACUGACCUGGCCACAGUAGAUGACAUGGAGGACCUGAACAGGCUGAUUACUCCUCUCAAAUAUUAUAAAUACAUUUUAUGGAUCGGACUGAAGAAAGGAGACUCCAUGAAGUGGCAGUGGUCUCUGGCAGACAGACGUUUCUACAGAGAGGGGGAGACUGAGUUCAGAAACUGGGACACUGGGACGCCCCAAAAUGGCAACUGUGCUUUUAUGAGUACAGCUGGGAUGUGGAACAACGCCUCCUGUGAUGACCAGCAUCACUUCAUCUGUUAUGAUGGUGAGUGUUUACAUACUAACCUCCUGUGAUGACCAGCAUCACUUCAUCUGUUAUGAUGGUGAGUGUUUACAUACUAACCUCCUGUGAUGACCAGCAUCACUUCAUCUGUUAUGAUGGUGAGUGUUUACAUACUAACCUCCUGUGAUGACCAGCAUCACUUCAUCUGUUAUGAUGGUGAGUGUUUACAUACUAACCUCCUGUGAUGACCAGCAUCACUUCAUCUGUUAUGAUGGUGAGUGUUUACAUACUAACCUCCUGUGAUGACCAGCAUCACUUCAUCUGUUAUGAUGGUGAGUGUUUACAUACUAACCUCCUGUGAUGACCAGCAUCACUUCAUCUGUUAUGAUGGUGAGUGUUUACAUACUAACCUCCUGUGAUGACCAGCAUCACUUCAUCUGUUAUGAUGCUGAGUGUUUACAUACUAACCUCCUGUGAUGACCAGCAUCACUUCAUCUGUUAUGAUGGUGAGUGUUUACAUACUAACCUCCUGUGAUGACCAGCAUCACUUCAUCUGUUAUGAUGGUGAGUGUUUACAUACUAACCUCCUGUGAUGACCAGCAUCACUUCAUCUGUUAUGAUGGUGAGUGUUUACAUACUAACCUCCUGUGGUGACCAGCAUCACUUCAUCUGUUAUGAUGGUGAGUGUUUACAUACUAACGAUGAAGCCUGUUCUAAGUGCCAGGGCUGUCAUUGAGCUGAAACAUAGACUCAUGAUGGCUUUAAGUUGUUAAUCAGUUAUCAAAUCAAUGAGAACAUGUACAAUAGAUGAUCAGCAGAUUAUAUUUCAUUGGAUUUUCUCAUUGAUUAUUAAAUUUGACUUUUGCAGGAAAACAAAGCACCAACCUAAAAUACGUCUUAAUUCAGGAGAAAAAGACCUGGAGAGAUGCUCAGAGUUACUGCAGACAGAAUCACACAGACCUGGUCAGUGUGAGGAACCAGACUGAGAACACAGAGAUAGAUCAGAAGAUAUCCCUGAGGGGACUGCCUGUGUGGAUCGGCCUGUUUCAAGACUACUGGAGAUGGUCUGACCAGAGUGACUCCUCAUUCAGGAACUGGCUGCCAGGAUGGCCUUCAACAUAUCAGAGUUUAAACUGCACUGCGAUGGAUAUCAAUCCUCAUUAUUAUACUAAAUGGCUAAAUUAUCCCUGUUCCAACUCCUUUCAUUUCAUCUGCUAUGGUAAGUUACCAUGUUCUCCACCUGAUCUACCUGAUAUUAUGAUGACAGGAGAACUCUAAUGUUGCCCCCAUGAUUCACUACUGUCACUGUGGGAUUAUAUUCUCUUCUAGGCCCAGCUGUGGAGACCCCUGAGAAACCUCAACUGAAGAGACAGGUGGUGAGAGUGAAGAUGACUCCAAAGGAUCCAAAUCUGAACCUCAGCGAUCCUGCUGUUCAGGACGACAUCUUACAAGAGGUGAGUUUCACCCUGUUCAUGAAGAACCAACUCAGUAAUGAUACAAACUGUACAGACCUCUUCUCCUGGUCUGGGUCCUAGUCUGUUGUGGAUGACCCCCUCCCUGGUCUGGGUCCUAGUCUGUUGUGGAUGACCUCCUCCCUGGUCUGGGUCCUAGUCUGUUGUGGAUGACCUCCUCUCUGGUCUGGGUCCUAGUCUGUUGUGGAUCAUCUCCUCUCUGGUCUGGGUCCUAGUCUGUUGUGGAUGACCUCCUCUCUGGCCGUGACCCCACUCUCUGUGAGUGUUUCAGGGAGAGUGGAUUGUGCAAAAAACACAUUUCCAAUUUACACAUGCAUAUUAAAAGACACGUGUACAUGUGUUAAAUAGGACAAAUAUAAGUAUCAUCUCCUCAUAGUGUCAAAGGGUUGAAGUCAAGAACAUGUUAGUAUAGCAGGAAGGAAUGGUAGUUGUAGAUCUUCAGAAUGACUAUUACAUAAUAAAAUAGUCUCUAUCUGUCUCUGUGUGUGUGUGUGUGUGUGUGUGUGUCUGUGUGUGUGUCUGUGUCUGUGUCUGUGUCUGUGUGUGUGUGUGUGUGUGUGUGUGUGUGUGUGUGUGUGUGUGUGUGUGUGUGUUUCUCCAGAUAAGGAACAAGCUGAAGGAGCAGGGGUUACCUGCAGACACCAAACUGAAAUGGAAAAAGCAGCCCGAUGGGAAGGUCUUCAACAAGGAGAAAGAGGGGUCUCCCAAGAAAGAAGAGGAGGAGGAGAAGAAGAUGAAGAAGAGGAAGAAGAGGAUGUUGACAAAGAGAGAACUCUAA